UCAAGAGUGGGCUUGCGUUAUCCCUCUCCACAAACAGUUCCCUUAUAGAAUCCACAACGCCUUUUUUAGUAAAACCCUAGCGAUCUUGCCCACACUGCUCGCAUGCGAUCACUCAUUUCUCUGAUAUCCUCAUCUGUUUCAUCUGGUCACCAUUUCUUCUCUCGGCUCCGCACUCGUCGCUCCUCAACACUAGCCCAACACGCCCUCUUCAGCCGCCGCGCGGUUGCAAUGGACGCCUCCGAGGAGAUUCUCCGCAAAGCUCUGGCCGAGAAGCAAUCAGUCGUCGAAGCACAAGGCAACGCAUUGCGGGCGAUGAAAUCCACCGGUGCUGCCAAGCCGGAGAUCGACGCCGCGAUCGAAGCAUUAAACGGGUUGAAGCUCGAGAAGGCUUCAAUCGAGAGGCAGCUCCAAGCCGCUCUCAGUGGCAGCGAGGGCUCGCUCAAUAGGGAAGCGUUCCGUCAAGCGGUGGUGAACACUCUGGAACGGCGUUUGUUCUAUAUUCCGUCGUUCAAAAUCUAUCGCGGCGUUGCUGGGCUUUACGAUUAUGGCCCUCCGGGCUGUGCCGUUAAGUCUAACGUCCUCGCUUUCUGGCGCCAGCAUUUUGUGCUAGAGGAGAACAUGUUGGAAGUGGACUGCCCAUGUGUGACACCAGAGAUAGUUCUAAAGGCAUCCGGUCAUGUUGACAAAUUCACAGACCUUAUGGUUAAGGAUGAGAAAACCGGGACCUGUUACCGUGCAGACCACUUGCUCAAGGACUUUUGCAACGAGAAACUUCAGAAAGACCUCAGCAUAAGUCCAGAGAAGGCAGCGGAGCUGAAACGCGUACUUGCGGUAUUGGACGAUCUCUCUGCCGAAGAGCUGGGUGCAAAGAUCAAGGAGUAUGGCAUUAUAGCUCCAGACACGAAGAACCCGCUCUCUGAUCCUUACCCAUUCAACUUAAUGUUUCAAACUUCAAUAGGGCCAUCUGGCUUGAGUCCUGGGUAUAUGCGUCCCGAAACUGCGCAAGGCAUAUUUGUUAAUUUUAAGGAUUUGUACUAUUACAAUGGGAACAAGCUACCCUUUGCUGCAGCUCAAAUUGGUCAGGCUUUCAGAAAUGAGAUAUCUCCUCGCCAAGGCCUUCUGAGAGUCCGUGAGUUCACACUAGCGGAGAUUGAGCACUUUGUUGAUCCUGAAAACAAGGCCCACCCGAAAUUCUCAGACGUUGCCAACUUGGAGUUUCUGAUGUUCCCAAGAGAAGAACAAAUGUCUGGCCAUGCUGCAAAGAGAAUUCCACUGGGUGAAGCAGUUUCAAGGGGGACUGUCAACAAUGAAACUCUUGGGUACUUCAUUGGGAGAGUAUAUCUGUUCUUAACUCGCCUUGGUAUAGACAAAAACCGUUUACGGUUCCGGCAGCAUCUUGCCAACGAAAUGGCCCACUAUGCCGCCGACUGUUGGGAUGCUGAGAUUGAGUGUUCCUACGGGUGGAUUGAAUGUGUUGGUAUUGCAGAUAGGUCUGCAUAUGAUUUGCGUGCUCACUCGGAAAAAAGUGGUGUCCCUCUUGUGGCUCAGGAAAAAUUCCCGGAACCCAGAGAAGUGGAGAAACUAUUUAUCAAUCCAGUGAAAAAAGAGCUGGGCCUCGCAUUCAAAGGGAACCAAAGGAUGGUGGUUGAAGCUUUGGAGGCAAUGAAUGAAAAAGAAGCUUUGGGAAUGAAGGACACUUUGGAAUCCAAGGGAGAGAUGGAGUUUUAUGUGUGUACUCUUGAAAAAAACGUGACCAUUAAGAAGAACAUGGUCACAAUUUCUAGAGAGAUAAAGAAAGAACACCAGAGAGUUUUCACACCAUCUGUGAUCGAGCCAUCCUUUGGCAUUGGAAGGAUAAUAUUUUGCCUUUUUGAACAUUCUUUCUACAUGAGGCCAAGUAAAGCUGGGGAUGAACAGCUUAAUGUGUUCCGUUUUACGCCUCUGGUAGCACCUAUAAAAUGCACGGUUUUCCCACUUGUUCAGAAUCAACAGUAUGAGGAGGUGGCAAAAGUCAUUUCUCAGUCAUUGACUACAGCUGGAAUCUCACAUAAGAUAGACAUUACAGGGACCUCAAUUGGUAAACGAUAUGCAAGAACCGACGAACUUGGUGUACCCUUUGCAAUCACUGUUGAUUCAACAUCCUCGGUGACAAUCCGGGAGAGGGACAGCAAGGAUCAAAUUCGUGUCAAUGUGGAAAGGGCAGCAUCAGUUGUCAAGGAGGUAACUGACGGAAGGACGACAUGGGCGGUUGUGUGGUCUACGUUUCCCCAUCAUUCCUCUGGAUCUGCAGAUGAGUGAAGUUUGAGUGGGAACAACCCAUUAAAGUGAUACCUGUUUUAAAAUUAUUCAGCCAGACAUUUACUCCAUACUGACCUCUGGAAUAUAUUUUUGCAUUGUGAUGUGUAAUUAUAUGAUUAUGAGAAGUAUAGGUAUCUACUAAGCAGAAUCUGGCAGUUUCAUGUUUCUCUUAGCAAUGUGCUUUGUACGGUCUGGCGGAAAGCAGGCUAUCGUGCAAA